UUAAACAACAGAGUAAACAAUUACUUGUAUAAUAAGAUGAAAAUCAACUGCUGAAUCCCAGGUAACUGAGGGCAACCUGGCUACAUCUGAGGAAACCUCCCACAUGGAGCCCAGCAGGCCACAUUGUGCCAUAAGCUUCGCCUCCCAUUCCCAGCCCCGGUGGCAAAGGGCCCCUCUGUGUGGAACGAGCCAACCGCGUUGUACCAUCAAGUGUCCCAGUUACUCAAGUGUUCCCCUGCAGGCGGAGAGCGAGCAGGAAGUGCAGCUUGGGUGCAUCUCGACUCGUCUCAUCAAUGCAGCUUUCAUUCUCCCUCGGUGGGGCGAGAUGGAAGCUGUACAAAAGGACCACUGGUACUUCGUGGUACUCCUCUUUCUUCCCCUUCUUGAAGGCGCGGCCCACGUUGCCAUUGUCAAUCUCCAAGAAGGGAUGGUCCUCAACUGUGUGUGCCCCUGGAGCGGCAACCUCAGCAUGGUGUCCUGGACCAAAGUGCCGGAAAAGUAUCCGGUAGCCGUUUUCCACCCAGAGUAUGGAGUGACCUUCUCCCACCAUUACCGGGAGAGGAUAGAGUUCCUGAGGACCACGCCUAUGGAUGGAAGUAUUUCCAUGAGGAACGUAACUCACCAGGAUAUAGGGGUCUACCACUGCUCUGUUCAGACCUUCCCUCGAGGUCCCUGGACAAAGGACGUCCAGGUGGAAGACUUAGACGAGCCCCCAGACGAAGAGAGCGAAGGCUCUGAGGCGAUGGAGCCGUACGCGGAGCAGGUGGCGGAGUCCGGCAACAACGCGACCAUCCGCUGCGACCACCAGCACAGCGGCACCGUUCACCAGGUCAUUUUGGAGAUGAUGCCCCACGGCCAACCCUGGGGCAUCAUCGGUGUGUGUAAAAAGGUGGACGGGCGCCUGGUGAGCGAGGACUACGGCGACAGGGGGACGAUCGGCUGUGCGGACAGCCUGGACGCCAGUCUGCACCUGACGGGCGUGGUGCGGGAAGAUGGCGGCUUCUACCGCUGCAGCUUCAGCACGGACGCCGGGUUGCUGACCACCACUGUGCUGCUCACCGUGUCCCCCCCAGGUGGAUUCAGCCUGACGGUGUACAUGAUGUACAUCUACAUCGGGGCCGGAGCAUCUGGGCUUCUUCUACUCAUCGCCAUCAUUGCAGUGGCAGUGAAGCACAGGACGAAGAACCGGAGAGUGGAGUACAGAGUCAAACUGCACCCGUCUCAGAGACAGUCAAACCUCUAUGCGAACGUCUCUGUGUGUCCGAGGAAGCCAAAGAAGUCCAGAAAGAUUAAAAAUCCCCCGGUCUAUGCCAACCUGCCCAAACCCAAGCGUAACCAGAAAUGAGCCGACGUAAAUAUGAUGUUUAAUGCAACACGAAUGUUCUCUGGCUCGAGAAACUUUUCAUACCUCUUUACGCUCUGCGUGCUUUGACGAUGUUAUUUUCAAUGGAGGAAAUGUAUGAUUUUUGAACCUCAAUGUAAAAAAGGAAUUGGAAUCUGUCACUCACAUCAGUAUUCAGGCCCUUUGCUCUGGUUCUCGUGGCCAGAUGCAUCCUGUUUGCUUUAAUUAUCCUCGAGACGCGUCAAGAGCUUCAUUGGACUGCACCUGUGAUUUUUUUUUUUUUUUUUUCCUGACGUAGUUUAGAAAGGUCUCACUCUGCACGUCACUUUUACUACACAACAUUGUGUGCAAAAAGGUGAAGGGAUCAGAAGAUCUUUCUGGAUGAACGUCCAUUGACAAGUGUGGAUUAUAAUCAUUUCUUCUCCUUGCAGCGAGGCAUCACACUGAUUAAUAUUCACGCAAUGGUUUGGCAUCAGUUUAACAAGCUGCUGCUCAUGUUCGUCUCAGAGAGCCGUUUUUGUUUAACCCUGUUCUCACUAAUUAAAUGUACUAUGUACUUAAUAAUUGCUACUGAGGAAAUAUUUGUUUUGUGGAAAAACAAUAUUUGACAGUAACCGUUAUGCAAAGAAAGCAAACAAAAGCCUGUAUAAUGACUCCUUUCACUUCCCCCACCCCCAAGUAAAACGAUUGACAAAGGCCCGUGUAAUUGCUCUCCUUUUACUUUCAUCCCUCCUGGUUUCCUUUCAUAGCUUGACAAUGGCGUCUAAUCAUCUAACGGGAAAGAAAGGCAGUCGCUCAGCACUGUGCCGCCGCUUGAGACUGUCGCUUUUCCCAAAGGGUUCUCCGUCUGCGAUGGCUGCAUUCUACUUACAGCGUGCUCUUAUUGUGAAGGCUAAACUCUAUCCUGUGCUUUGGUUUACAGCUCUGUCUAUCAACUGUUUAUGGAUGAAUGUGUGGGUUCAUUUUUCUGUAUUUUGAAAAUAUAAUUGGUAAAAACACCCCUUUUUUUAUGAUUCGCUGUCGCAAGUUUUCCACGUUGUAUUUAUUUUUGUUUGAUUUCAAAACUUGUCCUGUAGUCUUCUGUAAAUCAAUGUUUCAGGUUUAUGGUAAAAUAUGUGUAUUGUUUAUGUGUAAUGUGAUUCAUUUAUGUCCAUAGAAAUGGAGACAGUGGCAGAUGCAGUAAUGGACAUGCAGGCUGUCCUGCUAGGAAACAAGACGAAUGUGGACGAGCUAGUUAUGCGGAGCAUAAAGGGACAAUAUGGUUUGCAACCAUUGUCACCUUUUGUUUACUCAUCUCGUUCUACCUCUCGGUAGAAGCUGCAACUGUACAUUUGACUGUGACCGCUUGUGUGUGUGUGUGUGUUACCAGCAUUACUGAAACUGAGGUGUGUGUGAUUGUAAAUGAGUCCCCCGUGUUAUGAAUAAAAGUGUCAUAGCCGCAAGCUCAUCCA